UGAGAUUUGACAUUAUUAUCUUAAACAUCUUCAAUAUGUGCAAAACACAGAAGAAAGGACGAAACGUUUCCAAAACGCCGUGUUGACGCGUACAUAUAUACAUACAUACAUACAUACAUACACGCAUAAAUACAUACAUACGCGCACGCGAGGGGGAUGACAGUCGCUCGACCGCCUCCGCCGAUAGUCGGCAGUGCUCGGCUGCGCUCGGCGGCACUCGGUCGCGCAGCUACACCGCCCGGAUCCGUCAGUCCCGCGCAUACCCUCGGAGUGUGGGGAUAUACGUUUCGCGUCUCGCUGUAUCUCCGGCGUCUCACUUUUUACUACGCGACCACAGGAAGGCUUUCUCGCGGAACCUCCGACGCCGCCGACGCACGCGUUGUCCCUCAGACUCCCUCAAGCGUCGGUGUAACGACCGCGUGUUACCGCGAGUGGAUACGGCACAGUGGCGAAAACUCUACGGAACACUAGAGAGAGAGAGAGAGAGUAAGGGCGGCGAAAGAGAGAGAAGGGGAGAGAACGAGAAAGAGAGAGAGAGUGUGUAACAGGAGAGGACGGUCAGAGUGCGGCUCGUGAUCGAUCUAUACAGUGUGUACCCGUCAAGGUGUUUUCUUUCCGCGACCUCCCCCGUCACUCCCGAUCUCUAUUAUGUCACCGGCCGCGCGUGCCGACGGACCGCUCUGAUUCGAGGAACGCGCCAGGCACGCUAGAACGACUACCACGAUGCUGCCGCAGACACCUGACAUCAUCCCGACUACCCUGAACCAGCAGAAGUGCGUGAAAGCGCGAGCUCUGUACGACAACAUCGCCGAGGCGCCCGACGAGCUGGCUUUUCGAAAAGGCGACGUCCUCACCGUACUGGAGCAGAACACCGCUGGUCUUGAAGGAUGGUGGCUGUGUGCUCUGCGAGGUCGACAGGGCAUCUGUCCAGGAAAUCGAUUGAGGCUUCUGGUUGGCCAAUACGAUACGGGGGGUUGUUUGGUCGGCAGCAGGGCCGACCUAACCAUUGCAGAGGAUGGCAUACAGAGACACGGGAAAAGGCGUAGCUGGCACGUACAACCCAACAGGGUUGUGACGCCACAGAAGUGCGGGGACGUCUACCUGUACGACCUGCCAGCAAAUCGAGGAAGUCCCGCACCACCCUCCAGACACGAUUCACCCCUCAACUCGACGAACAAUGAGCAUUCGCACAAUACGGGACGGUACACGAGUAACAACGUGCGGAGCUCCGUCGACAACGGGGGCGGCGACGUGAACGAGUGUUACGACGUGCCGCCGCGCGCGAUCCCGGUGAUCCCCUCGCCAGCGAGCAGCCCGAGCCCGGCUCCGUCUUGCUACGACAUCCCGAGGCCGCCGACAUCCUGCACGCCCAACUCAAAUUGUUCCGGCGGCUCCGGCAUUACGCCGCUGGAUUGCUACGACGUGCCGCGGCCCCUGCAGCCCCUCACGCCCAGCAGCUCGGCCUCCAGCCUCACCAACGACGGCUCCCUCAGCGGAUCGAACAGAUCGAGUUUGGCCGCUCCGGAUUACGAUGUACCCCGACCGCGUCUUCCAGCGUCCUCGUUGCCGUCCCGACACAAUACCCCCAUACCGAAGACCCCGACACCGCCGCCACUCUCACAGCAGAUUUACGACGUACCAGUCAGCAAGGAACUUCCGUUGGAGCUGGACUCCGCCCUGGAAGGUUUGCAGAGGUUGCAGAACGAGGCGUCCGCCGCGAUAGCGAGGCUACUGGGCUUCGUGAGUCCCGGUUGGAGAACUCCGCAGCGACUGGACGCCACCCUCAUGGACCUGAGGCUGGCCGCUCUCAGGCUCAGAACGAAUCUUCACGAUCUAGCCGAAUUUGCAGAAGGUACACUGGGCAAUGCGGGCAAAGCGCCAGAUAAGGGCCUGGCCACGAAAUUACGGCCGCUAGUAAAGGCGCUUCGUGAUUCUGACAAGCUCGUACAGGAAGCCGCUACCGAAUUGGACACGAUGGAAUGGGACGCGAGUAAGCUCUGUCGUGGCGGUGAUGAUACACCGACACCUACUAACGGGCCGUCCUCGCUACUACUACCUAUGCAGUCAGAUCCCCUUGAUCAGCUGAUCGCGUGCGCUCGAGCACUCACGGAAGACGUUCGUCAGGUCGCUAGUUUCAUUCAAGGAAAUUCCACGUUGCUCUUCAAGCGAGCGUCGAUCAUCUCUACGGGCAGCAGCAACAAUAGCGGUGCCGGGGAGGAUUAUGACUACGUAAAUCUCGACUCGCGAGAGGUCGUAACGAAGCAGCGAGAGGAAUUGCGGGCUGCGCUGCCGCAGGAGCUGCGCAGCAAUUAUGAUCUGCUGGUGUCCGAAGCGGACAAUGCCGCGAUUCAGAUGCCACCCACGACACCGACGCCCAUGGAUCCCAACGACAAGCAAUUGUUGGCCUUCUAUGUCGCCCAAGUCAUCACGCACGGCGCGCACCUGACGCACGCCAUUGAUGCCUUUCUGCAAACGGUGGAGCACAAUCAACCACCCAAGGUUUUUCUAGCUCACGGCAAGUUUGUUGUGCUGAGUGCGCACCGGCUAGUGCAUAUUGGCGACACGGUGCACCGGAACGUGACACGCAACGACGUACGAACGCGCGUACUACAAUGUGCAAACGCCCUGAACGAGGCGCUCGCGCAGACGGUACAGAAAACGAAGCAGGCCGCCCAGUUCUUCCCAAGCGUCACCGCGGUUCAAGAAAUGGUCGACAGCGUUGUCGACGUCUCGCAUAUGGCCAAGGAUCUCAAGGUCGCCAUGAUACACGCCGCUCAACAGCCCUGAAGAGAAUCUUCAUCACGACGCGGUCGCAAAACCAUAAGUUCCUUCAAUUGAGAUGUAGUUCUCGAUUUCUCCCUCGUCAAAACGGAAAAGCUUUGAGAAAAUGCAGAAGAUUCAAACGCGUUUUUUGAAUUCGCCUUGCGAUGGGGAUUUGAUACUGGUCGUAUUGAUGAUUUGAAGAUAACGCUCGAGGGAUCAUGCCAAGUUUAUCCUUCGCAUUUUUUUCGUCGAGAUUUUGAAACGAACGUUGCUAAGAAUUUUCAGCAAGUUGAUAAAAUAUUUUUUCCUAUAUGAAAAUGGAUCAAAAAUACCUCAGGAAUUUCGUAUGGAGAUGAAUCUUCAAGCGUUAUCUGACAGAUGUGUCAUUCAUGGCAGCUGCUAUUUUAAGAUUCAGUCACUUAGAAUACAAUAAUACUAAAUGCGCCUAUUUUUUUUUUAUGACCACUAGUGCAAAAAAGUUUUGCUUAGAAUCCCGACAAUUCGACGUUAAAUGGCGAAAUAAUCAAACAAAUCAACGAGAUCCGCGUAUGCUCCAUGAAAGUGCAUGCGUUCGGAUUUCCACUCCGCAGCUAUUAUCCAAUUUAUUAUAACAAGAAUCCGUGGCCUAAAAUAGAAACCUGCUACUGCCAAAGCUCCGGUAUAUAGAUCGUAAGAGAUGAAGAAAACCACAACCCUGGGACAAGUGUCUUUGUAAUGUACUCGAGAAUAUAAACAUUGUAAUCUUUCAUAGGAAAUAUAUGUAGCCGUUUGAUUAGACGUUCAGGUAGAAAUGUGUGAAAUGGAGUAUAAACGAGGCCAAUAGCUUUCUGGCACGAGUAAACCAUUUUCCGAAAUGGCUUUUGCAAACUUGCGACCUAGUAAGCUCCGUUGUCUUGCCACGUCGCAAAGUUUAUUUCGGACAUACGCCGACGACGUGUGCAGCUAAACGUGUUAGUAGUUUUAUAGAUGUAUGUAUACACACUAGAACAAUACACAUACGAUUAGACAACACGUAUUCAUAUUUCUCUUUUAGAACCGGUUUCACCGACAUCAGUUAACUGUAAUUUUAAUUUCGCGGAUUCCGUAACCUUUUGAAACUAGAAUGAAAAAGAAUAAACAAGAUAAAUUACAAUUGCAGCUAACUGAUGUUGCUGAAAUUAGCGAUUAGUAAUUUUAAUGACGGAUUGAAAAAUGUUCUCCCGUAGUGACGAAUCACCGUUAUUCUUACUGAAAGCGAAAGAAUGAUAUGAAUACCGAAUGUCAAAUUGAGAAACAACCGCGUUUCUGUUUUUUUUUUUUUAUAACUCAAUCGUAUGUCGGAAAAUUAACACCAAAAAAAUUUAACGCAAAAUACUCCUUCACAAGGAGUACUUUUCGAUAUAUUUCCCGCAAAGGCAAAUUAUUAUUGUGGACAUUUUUUUGGAAGAAAAUUUUUAAUGAAUUUUAUAUGAAGCUUUUACUCGCCGGGUCACGACUUUUUCGGGCGCCCAAGCCUUUUUACCAGGCUCUUCCAUAACAGUGAAUUAGUACACGAGCGUACACACCGCGUGAACCGCAAUCAACAGCGGAUCGAAUUUGUAAAUCGUUAAACGCACAAAAAUUUCCACGGCAACUACGCGUACUACUCGCGAAUCUUUUUGCACAACGAGACCAAUAACGCCUUUUUAUAGAGCGAAUGAACGAAGGUUUUUACUAGCAAGUCUUGUGACAGACUGAUAACGCAAACGUUUAAAAAAAAAUCACAUUCAUAAUUUCCGCUUCAUCUCCUGCAUUACGUUUUGCAUUUUCAUGAGAUUCAAAGAUUAAUCAUGGAAUUAAUUCGUAAUUAUACCAUCAUUUAAAACUCUUUUUAUAUUAAAGUGAAUCUUAAAGAUUAAACUGAUAUCUUUUGAUUAAGAUCCGAGAGGAUUAUAUCUAGAUUAUCUUGGAGUUCACGCCUGUUGAGGCCAAAAGUAUGUAUACGAUCCAAUCGCUAAUUUACGGCGCACUUGUUCUAACGGCAUUCUCCACGUGCGAAAGUGUACUUAAAAAUAGCUCGCCGACUGUUAGUACUCGCUCAACGCAUGCGGAACCAUCCAACUUUGUAUCUUUGUAUUAAAGAGACUUUUGCUGCGCCUCGCUUAAAUAACGGAAACAUAAUGUGACUGUGAAUGCGAUUAUACGCGUGUUAUUAGCCGUGUGUUAAGACGCGACCGACUGUUAUGUUGCAAUUUUAACGAGUAUUUAUUAGAAUUCUCUUUAUUCCACAAUUUUUUAAUCUCUUUGGAUUUUUUAUUUUAUUUAGAUAGAUUAAUGUGAUUUACUGUGUAUAACAGACAAAACGAUUCUUUGAGAGCGACUUACGACAUUUACAUUUUAUCUUACACUUUAUUUUUUUAGAGACUUAUAUUAUCCAGGCAUAUCGCGCAUGGAAAAGUGUUUAUACACAUACCUCGUUUACGAGACAUGUAUUAUAAUUUAUUGACAAAGUGUUUUUGUAAUAUAAUACAUAUAUGACAGGCAGUUAUAUAUAUUAUAGAUAAAACUGUAUAUUUAGAAGUUUAUAUGAUAGUCGAAUCGAUAGGUGCUGUUUAUCAUCGGCGUUGAAUCAUCGUAUUCAAAUAUGUCAUGUAGUAGCAUUAAGUGACAAAAUGAUAUCUCCUUAUUGUAAAACGCAGACUGACGAAUAUCGUCACUGACGUUAUAUUCACGCGAACAUCAGCUCGUCAUUUCCCUGAUUUCCCUUUUGUACAUUGUACCUGGAUGAUCCUUUCGUGAUAGUUGUUUAUCAUCCUCGCGGCCACUCGUAAAUAUAUACGUAAUACAAUAUUGCUGUAUAAAUUUACGAGCUACAUAUCCGAGAGCAGCUAUAUUCCAAGAUCAUGGACGAAAUUAAAAAUUAGAAAUGAAGACUCUCAAUGUGUAGCGCGCGUGAUGUUCCUUCAAUGGAACGAUGCCCACACACAUCGAAGAUUUGUUUAUCGUAAUGAACGCUUUAAUCAUGUUUUCGAUAUAAUCACGCAUGGCACAAUACCUGCGUUUUAUCAUUGAAGACUUCUCUUUGUGCUGUUCGCAAAAUCGAGAUGCGUUACAAACUAAAUAAUUAUGUUACCUUAAGAACACCUUAUUUGUACAUAGAUAUAUUUAUAUACAUAUUAUAUAUUAUAUAUAUAUAUACAUAAUAUAAUUAUUCCUAUUACAGAAAUGGAGUAUGUAUACAUAAGCAUAAUGCUACAUCCGAGAUGCAUUAGUGGAGUAAACUUGUUUGAAUAUAU